CUUUAUUAUCAAGUGGCCACUUAAUCUGUGCAAUAAUGGACACCGUGUCCUGCGAUUCCCCUUUAAGCAAUGCAUUUGUUCAUACUUCUGAAGCUGUAGCAGCUUCAGUUUCCGUACCACCGAUAGUUCGGUCCUCUACGCUUAGCGCGAGCUAUGUUAUUACACCAUCAACUUUCUCAACGACUCCAAUUGUCUGUACUGCACCUGAAUCUUCCAUGAGAUUUUCAAAAUAUUCUUCAAGUCACGAUUUUGCCGAACAGAUACGCCAGCUGGAAAUCGAAGGAAAUAAACUGCGGUCAGCUACCCUUUCUGCGCUAUCACAGCUUGGAACAUCUGCAUUGAAUAGCUCAGAUGGUGGCAGUUUAGAGGUCAAACAGGCAACAUCUCCUUCUAUACCAUCUCUUAGCAGUUCCCUUGCUGACUUAUCAUCAGACCAGAAAACCAUUACAGAUCUAAGGUUGCAGCUUGAAAACCAAAGGCGUGAGACAGAGCGUUUACAGAGUCAGUUGUUUGUUGACACAUCAGCAGCUCGGGGUUUUUCCAACAUAACUUUUUCCAGUCCUUUCAAGUCUGCAUUUACAACUAUUCCUGCCUCUGAAUUGUCAGCCUACAAUGGCACAAGAAGAGGACUAGAAUUUGUUCCACCAUCCCAUUUGGAAAGAGCUUUGAAAGAAUCUCAGGAACAGUGUACUGAACUGCGAAAACGUUUGCAGGAGGCCACAGAUAAAGCAGAACAACAGAAAUGUCAGUUUAGAACAAAUAUUGAGGAGCUCAAGGCCAAGCUUCAUGAAACGAUUGUUAACAGAGACACUGUACUUGAGCUCAGACAGAAGGAAGCAACGGGACAAGAAAUGCUUGUUGCAAAGCUGCAGAGUUCCCUUGUCCACCUUCAGGACAAAUGCAGGGCUCAGGAGGAGGCUCUCAGUGAUGUAACUCAGCAAGCACAGUCCAGCAGUCAGACCUGUGCAUCUACAACAAUGCUUCUGACCCAGCUUAGGACUGUUCUUGCAACACGUGAAAGGGCACGAGGACAGCCAUAUCUGGAAGGAGAGCCUGUUGGCAGCAGUCUCAGUGCAUCGGCUCUAGUUUUGGUCCUGGAAAGGUGUCUAAAGGAACUUGAUGACCAGGUCUCUGCACAGCACCAUAAAAUUUCACAGCUUGAAAUGGAUAUCAAUGAUGCAAAGAAGACAAUGUUUGAAAGAGAACAAGUGGUAAUUCGUGACUCCCAAGAAAGACUCAAGGCUGAAUCUGAAGACACAUUCCAAAAGUUAAAUCAGUUGACAUCAGAACAUGCUAAACGACUUGAAGAGGCAAACGAACAAACUAAGAAUGCCAGAAAGCAGGCAGCUAUCUUGCAAUCACAGCUUCAAAUGCUUGAGGAGCAGCAACAGCAACAGAAUCGAAUGAAAAAUGAGACCAUCGGAGAGCUUGAAGCCAAACUGAAACAAAUAAAACAAGAUUAUUCUGAUGACAAUGCAAGGUGGCAAGAAAGGAGGCAGGCUUUAGAAAAUUCACUUGAUGAUGUUCAGCGGGAGUUGAUUCAAGCACGAGCUGAGAAAACUGAGGCUGCUGGAAGCAAGGCUGUUCUGGACACUAAAGUUGAGGACCUUCAGUUACAACUAUCCCGCCUAGAAAAUGACCUAGAAUCAGAGAGAGAUCGUGUGAGGAAGCAGCGAGAGCGAGAAGAGGAGUUGCGUGUGAAGGCACUGGGUCUGGAGGGUCAGCUGUCAAACAAACAGCAGGAAGUGGAGCGACUGGAGCGCAUGCUGGAGAUAGUGAAGCAAGAAGCUUCUGCACAAAUGCAUGACCGGGUGGUAAGUGCUGAGAAGCAGGAGCGAGACCGUUACCUUGAUCAGGUCAAAACACUGUCAUCUCAGCUGUCAGCUGCAAAUGACAAACACUCCAGGCUAGUAGCUGAGUAUGAGAGAACACGUAUGGAGGCAGAGACCCUCAAGCAAGAAAAAAGUGACCUUCGUCUGGAUCUGCAUUCCUCCCAGGCCCAGGGAGAUGCACUGAGGACAGAAAAGCUUCAACUGUCAGCACAACUUGAAGAUCAACGUAGCCAAGUUGAGCGCUUACGCCAUGACCUGGAACACACUCGCAGACUACUAGAAGAAAAAGUCAUGGAGGCUGGAAGUCUGAGGCUAGCUGUAGAGCAUGCUACUAUUCAGUUGGAGGAGAAAGAAAACAUCCUGUCAACCGUACGCCAACAGUCAUCGAGCAUUACCCAUUUGAUGGAAGUCAACACAAGGACAAGUGAUAACAUGCGAGAAGAGCGAGAACACCUUCUAAAAGUAGUUGAAGCAAAGACAGAAGCCCUUGAAGAAAUGAAAGUAUCUCAUGAUGCUCUGAGUAAAAAGAUGAAGCUUAGAGAGAAACGCAUCAAAGACUUGGAAGAGGAGAGAAUCAAGGUGUUAGAAGAAGCUGGGAGAAAAGCUCAAGAGCUGGCUGUCUUGCAGCAGGAGAAAGAUAGCCUUUUUUCGGAACUAAGGGACAGUAGGAUGGAGGUUGCCAAGAUCACACAGGCUAGAGAUUUGUUGAAACGAGAGAUGGCUAAACUAAAGAAUUUGCGGGCAAAGGAAGUGAUGAAGCUUGAAACAAAACUGAAAGAAGCAGAGCAUGAAUACAAACUGACACAGAGAGCCUUGAAAAGCAAAGACUCAGUUGAUCAAAAAGCUGUCAAAGUGGCUGACAAAAUACAGAAGGAGAUGACAGCAAAGAGAAGUGAAGUGGACAGCGUGAGGUCUAAACUUCGAAAACUGGAGGAGAAGUAUGAGACAUUAGCAAAGGAGAAAACAAUGGUAGAAAGAGACAAGGACAGCUUGAAGUCCUCACUGGCACAGUCUCUUCUUCACAGCAACCAAUUGACAGAAGAGCUGGUGGCUAGUCAGACCCAGAAUGGUCAGCUCACCAAGCAGGUUAAGCUACUGCAGGACAAGUUAGAGAAGGAAGCCAUCAAAAGUGCUUCAUCACAAGCUCAGCUGGAGAAGUAUGAACAAGAGAUUGCUACAAUAAAACUUAGACAUCAGCUGCAUCUCAAGGAAACAGAGCAAAUGACACAGAAUCGCAUUGUGCCUGGAGUGUCCUGGAUGAUUCCAACAGCCAGUAAAGAUAGUGGCACAACCAGUUCUUCAAAUUCUCCCAGACUGACAGAAGGCAGCUGUGAUACACCUCCUCAAAAGAUGAUCACCAACAAACAGAAAACAGACAGCAACAAGCAAACAGCAGACAGAUACAUGGAAGCAGGAAGAGAGUUAAAGGCCUUGCUGGGCGAGAUGCGGCAAAUGAUAGCUGCUCAAAAGAAACUGAACAUGAAUUCAGGAGAGAGACCUCUGUGGGCACACUCCUCACCUGCCCCAGCCAGAACCGACAGCUUGAACUGCAGAAGGUCCAGAAGCAGCUCCCCAGACAAAGGACAUCGCAAUCAUAGAGUAUCUCUUGUGGACUGCAGCCGUUCACUGACCAUGUCACACCCUCUUCGAUCGGAGAUCUCUAGCAUAACAGCUGGUACAAGGUCUAAUACUCACUCGCCCAGUAGGCGCAGGAGAAGCUUAUGUUCAGAAGCUGACUCACAAGGGUCAAGUUUUGUGUCUGGGAAAAGCCCUCUACUUGUACCACUCCACCUGUUUCAUCAUCCAGUCCUUCUUUUGUGCUGCAAGGAGGGGACGGACUGUUCAGUGUGCCAGACACCCAGGAACUGUGCCGCCGUCUGGAGGAGAAGAUUGCUCACCUCACUCGCAUGGGCAAUAAUCUCCAGCAGGAAAAUCAGGAAAUGGCCCACUUGAUCUCGACACAAGGAGAGAAGCUGGAGUUAGUUCGCAAGAACGAGCGGCAGAUGAGUGACCAUCUGAGAUGACCCUGCCGUCGCCGUCGCUCCCUAGGGAAGACUGCAGUCCUUGGCAUUUUCCUACGUCUUU